CCAGAUACGAGAAUCGGGUAGUGCCUGUAAUCCCAGCUUUCUACGGUCAGCGUGUUUUCCAUGGCCUAAAUGGUGUCCGUAGAGUCACUCGCAUCUACAGGAGGAGCAGAGACAGACGGGGAGGGAGAGAGAGAGGGCAUGGGUAUAGAGCUAAGGGAGGAAGAGGGCAUCAAAAUCUCUAGAUUUUCUUCCUAAAAUUUCCAAUUUAAAAAAGAGCUAAAUAAAACAUCAUCUAGAGGAUAGGGAUUGAUAGGAGAUCAAUCUAGAGAGCUGAAGUUGGUCGUUUCUUUCUUUCUUUUGCUCGUGUUCUAAGGUUGUGUUUUGUUGGAGCAGCUGCUAUGGAGGCAUCGGAGAUCAUCCAUGGUGGUGGCUCAGAGGCUUCUGUGACGGGAGAAUCCGUGCGAGCUUUGCCGUGGGAUGUCCAUGGCUUUGUGCUCGAGAUUUGCGGCUCCUCCCGUGGCACAAGCAGUCUCGUGGGAAGGAAGGAUAGAGAUCACUGAAGGCGGGCUUUGGGAGCGACGGAGGAGCUCCAAGAGAUUCCACGAGAGGAGCUCAUCGGAAGAGGAUUCAUGUCUCGAUCGAGCCAAGAGGACAAAGACCAGCGACGCUACCCAAUUAGCUGGUGGUGAGGAUGACAUAUGGUUUUCUCAGUGCACCAAGGAGCAUCCAUUGGUGGAUGAAGAAGAAGAGAAGGUCUUUCUAGUUCCUAAUGCAGCAUUAUUUCCAUUUUAUAAUACCUCAAGCAGCACAUUGGUAGGCUCCUUUGAAACUGAAAAGAAUUUGGUCAGAAGUGUUCAGCCAAACUACAAGUCACAGUCCGAUUCGAGUUCGUCAUCGGAUACCCACAGUUCAUCUCCAAAGCGACAGAAGGAUCCCUUCAAGAAUGUAGCACGGAAUGGUUCUCAAAUCCCUAACUCAACUGGAUCUGCCGGCAGAGUAGGUCAGGGUGAGAAUACCCAAACGGAGCAGCAGGGUAUCGAGCUUGUGAGCUUGCUCACAUCCUGUGCAGAGUCUAUUAGUUCCGGUAAUCAUGAAGCCAUCACCUUCUCCCUAUCUAGACUUGGAGAGCUUUCCUCGCCGAUGGGAACCCCGAUCCAUCGUGUGGCAGCCUACUUCACAGAAGCAUUAGCCCUCCGAGUCGUAAAGCUCUGGCCUCACAUCUUCUCUAUUACCCCACCGCGGGUGCUCGUCGAUCAGACAGAUGAUGAUGAUGCCACAGCGUUGCAGCUGCUCAAUCAAGUGAGUCCAAUUCCAAAGUUUCUCCAUUUCACAAUGAAUGAGAGACUGCUCAGGGGUUUUGAAGGAAAGGACAGGGUUCACAUAAUAGAUUUCGACAUCAAGCAAGGACUUCAGUGGCCUAGUCUAUUUCAGAGCCUGGCUUCAAGGCCUAAUCCCCCAAGCCAUGUGAGGAUCACCGGGAUCGGAGAGUCUAGACAGGACCUUCAGGAAACAGGAGCUAGGCUGGCAAGGUUUGCAGAGGCCUUCAAUCUUCCUUUCGAGUACCAUGCAGUUGUUGAUAGAUUGGAGGAUGUGAGGCUUUGGAUGCUUCAUGUGAAGAGGGAGGAGUGUGUUGCAGUGAACUGCAUUCUAGUGAUGCACAAGGCACUCUAUGAUGAGAGUGGAGGGGCUCUGAUGAAUUUAUUGGGUCUGAUUCGAAGCACCAACCCAGCAAUUGUUCUCCUGGCCGAGCAAGAAGCCCAGCAUAAUGACCCUAGGUGGGAGACAAGGUUGGCCAACUCACUUCAGCACUACUCUGCCAUCUUUGAUUCACUGGAUUACAGUCUACCGGUGGAUAGUCCAGCCAGGAUCAAGAUCGAGGAGAUGUUUGCAAGGGAGAUCAGGAACUUGGUUGCCUGUGAAGGGAGUGAGAGGAUCGAUAGGCACGAGAAGUUCGAGAGGUGGAAGAAUCUAAUGGAAGAUGGUGGAUUUAGAAGCACGGGCAUUGGAGAAAGGGAGAUGCUUCAGAGCCGCCUGAUUCUAAGGAUGUAUAAUGGUGAAAACUACAGCAUAGAUAGGCAAGGGGAUGGCGACGGCGGCCUAACUCUUAAGUGGUUAAAUCAGCCUCUAUACACAGUGUCUGCAUGGGCACCCAUUGAUAUUGCAGGCAGCUCCUCUACACAUCUGCCGAGCUAAUGGAACUAUAUUUUCUUCAUGGUUUGGUUUUCUUUUCUUUAUAAAUCUCCAAAUAUUCUUUUAUACCUUUGAGAAAACACACAAGUUCUCAUAUCUUUCGUUCGAUGAAAUAGGAGAAACCUUUUUUCUUAGAUUGUAUUUUUUUUUUUNUUUUUUCAUUCUUUGGUUGCUGAACAUCAGCAAGAAUUAUGUUAGAAAGAGAAGUUUCAUAUGACACCUCUCAUUCAGUUCCUCAGCAGAUUGCCUGCAGUUACAUUCAUUAGAAUUUGGAUUUUAUUUUGUUGUAAUUCUUUUAUUUCCCUUCCUUGUAACUGAAAAAAAAAAACAGAAUCAAAUGUUUUUAUUUCUUUAUUGAUGUGUGUCCCUUGUUCACUGUAUUGAUAUCAUUUAUAGCUGAAUUCUUGCGGAUGUUGUGGAUCAUCCCCUUUACUU